GAGCUUGACUUUGUGUGCUGCAACUGCAAAGCUCGUGAAUCGUUUUGCUUCAGAUCUCCCCCGGAUCUAUACGAAUUGAAAGGCCCUGAUUUCGAAACAUGUCGGCGCUUUUCAAUUUCAAUUCGUUCUUGACGGUGGUGCUGCUUGUGAUUUGCACGUGCACCUUCUUGAAGAUGCAGUUCCCGGCGCUUCUCGAACAGAAAACUGGGUUUCGGGGAUUUUUUUGGAAGGCCGCUAGAAUAGGUGAACGCUUGAGUCCUUGGGUUGCUGCUGGAUGCAUUGCAAUGGGUGUCUCAAUUAUACUUUUCUAGGUUAGGGCGUAGACAGGGGCAAGGAAACUCGGUGCAUGGUUGUGUUUUGUGGGCUUGUGAAUUACAAUGACUGGAGCAUGGUCCAGCGAUCUUUAUUGGAAGGAAGACAAAAAGACAAUUAGAGAGUGAGAUAUUAGAGUUGCAAAAUUUGUCGAUUUUUCAUGAAUGAAUGGUGUAUCGUGUAUGGAGUACCUUUUUCAAAAAGAGGAGGAUAGAAAAACAAGUAUUGCAACUCUUUUUUUGUUUUGAGGUAACAGUAGCAAUCACUAAUUACCAAUCGAAUCAGAUUUGCACAAACUGGCUCUAUUUUCUUGUUGGGAGCUAGUGCUUGCUUACGUUAGCAUAGAUUGACUUGACUGGCUAGGAAGCAUUUUCUUUGGAUACGUAUCUAAUGCAAACGUGUUUGCAAAACCGCAAAUCAGUGGCCACCCUUCACUCUUUUGCUCACAUAAUCACUUUGGGUGAUGAAUGGAGAGCAAAAUCUGGUGGGCGGUGACCAAGCCUCUUGGUUUUCUCAUGUAAUAACUUGCAUAGAGUUGUCUGCAUUCUAUACUUUUAGAACAUAUCGCUUUCGCUGGUUUAUGAAAAUGGAUUCCUGAUUAUGAACUUCAUUAUGGUGGAUUAGUUGACUUUUAAUUUAGCAGAGUUAUUUUAAAGCAUUUGACUUGAGCAUUUGAUAUGUUUGAUCAAAACAGGUUUGAGUUUUGCUUUAGUUACUUGGUGUCAUUGGCCUUGGUUACCAGGUUUUAGCUGUAGAAAUAUGAUCCGAGUA